ACGAUUCUUCUGCACUGCACGAUUGUUGUCAAACCUCUUCGGUUGACGUUAUGCUGUCAUAAUUCAUUAAGAUCAUCUGGCUUCAAAAUUCCAACAGCUUCCCGGUACGGAUCAUCAAAAAUGGCAACAAAUGCGGAGGAUCUGCAAAAGUUGGAGGAUGAGGCGGUUGCCAGGGGCACGAAGUACGUUACGAACCUUCUGCAGCGACCGGGCCAACUGGAGAAGAUUGACAUGUACAAGCGUAGAAUCGGCAGGAAAAAGGCAUCCGUCGAGACCAUGUUGAAAACUGCGAUGCAGAGCCAGUUGGACGGCGUCAGAGUUGGUUUCGAGCAGCUGCAGAGCUCCCUGGAAAGUAUCGCCACUAUCAAAGACGAUCUGGACCACAUUGAUCAACUGUUCAGUUCGGUUCUGAAGCUCAGCUCCAGGCUGCAGGCAGUGCAGGAGGAAAACAUGCGUCACUCUCAGUAUGUCAUCGCGAAGGAGAACCUGAAGCACAUAUUCACCGUUCCGGAGAGCGUGGAGAAGACGAAGCAGUGGAUAAACGAGGGUAAACUGCUACACGCGCAUCAGAGCCUGAUGGAUCUCGAGACCUCCAGGGACGAGUUGCUAUACGAGCUUCACAAAUUGCCGAAUCAGUCGACGGCGGACACGGUUAUGCUGAAAGCUUACUUCGAGGACGUGGAGAUGCUCUCGCAGCUUAUGGAAAAGCAGAUAAGGCUGGUGCUGAGUCGGACUUUGAACACAGUCAGGAAGGAGCCUACCGUCAUAGUGACGCCUCUGAGAAUUAUAGAGAGGGAGGAGAAGGCGGAUCAGUUCGCCAUUCAAAGGCAUAAGCAAAGUGGAUUUAUGGCACCCGGUAGGCCCAAGAAAUGGAAGGAGAUGGCGAUGAAGGUACUGGAAAAGUCGGUCGCCAACAGAAUCGAGGGGACCCAGGUGGAUGAAAGGGCGGAUAACAAAAUGUGGCUGGUGAGAUAUCUCGAACUCACAAGACUCCUGAUCCUUGAGGACCUGAGGGUGGUGAAGACUCUCUGCGGGCCAUGCUUCCCACCUUGGUACGACAUAGUGAGGACUUUCGUCAAAAUGUACCAUACGAGUCUGUCUCUACAUCUGAAGGAAAUAAUCGCCGGUGGGCUGGAGGGGAAUGAAUACGUUUCGCUGCUGGCGUGGAUUAUGAACACUUACACGGGGCCGGAGUUGAUGCGGCAUCCCGAAUUGAACAUCGACACAUCCGACAUCGGCCCGUUGCUCAGUCCCGAGAUGAUAAAUGACCUUCAAGAAAAAUACCUGCGGAACAUGUGUCAGAAUUACGAGGAUUGGAUGAGAAAGACGCUGGAAACGGAGAAGCUCGAUUGGAGGAGCGGCGUCCUGCCUGAGAGUAGCACUCAAGACCUGUAUUACCACACUGCGGCGCCGGUUAUCAUAUUCCAGAUGAUCGAUCAGAAUCUUCAGGUCGCAAAGACCAUCAGCUCUGACCUGACGGCGCAGGCUCUGGUUCUGUGCAUCGAACAGGUGAUCAAAUACGGAGCUAUGUACAGACAAGAGAUUCUGGAAUUUAAGAGAAGGCAUUUCGCGGACAGAAGCCAGGUGCCUUACUUCACUCACCACAUGAUCACGAUAGUCAAUAACUGUAUACAGUUCACCGAGUUGGCGCAGCAGAUGAAGCAGCUUUACUGGGUGCCCAACACCACUGGUGACGCUACGGUGAAGUUUGAGAAGCUCCUGGCGAGCUAUCAGCAUCUGAGGAAUGAGGCCGUGCUCAUUCUGCUGGAGGAAUCUUUCCUGGAUUUGGAUCUGCACUUCCAGGACUUGAUCACGCCCAAGUGGCUAUCGUCGCCUAUCCCGGUGGAGACCAUCUGCGUCACGUUGGAGGAUUACUUUCAGGAUUACAAUCAUCUAAGUCCAAAGAACUUCGAGUACGUCAUCACAGAAGCGCAGAAUCUCAUCGCAAAACGCUACAUAUCCGCGAUGCUGCAGAGAAAGAUAUCGCUGAAGACCUACGAGGAAUGCCUGACGUGCACGUCGAAGAUAAUGACGGAGGCGGAUAAGCUGAAGAAUUUUUUCGACAGAAUCGCGCCGAAAGUCGGUAACUUUAAUUCGCCAUUUGAAAUAAUAAAACGCCUCGCUGAGGUGCUGAGAUGCGAGGACGCGGAAAUACUCUCUCUCGAUCUGCACUCAUUGGUCGAGAAAUAUCCUGACAUGACGGAAGAGCAUCUAAUCAGAUUGCUCGGCCUAAGGGGUGAUAUAUCGCGGGCGGAAGCGCGAGGGAAGGUCUCAUAUAUCAUGGAAGCUCAACGAAAUCGGAAGCCCGUGCAAUCCAUGGCGAACAGUAUAUUCAAGGACAUAGUUAUCCAGGACAGCUUCCUCGGCUGGAAGCCUUGAGACUGGAAGAAUUUCUACGAGGUGAAGAUAUGGAACACAAAUGGUUUUCCUAUGUAGCUAACUUUCCAAAUCAAAUGUAUUCUUUUAGUACAGUGGCAAAAGAGAGAGAGAAAUGUAAUAUAAUGUACAAAUUUACUGAUAUCUAAUAUAAAAUUAUGUAUAAUUGAUUUCAGAGAUGUGGAAGUAAAAUAUUACAAAUAACGUUAUCUUAUAUUGUUUUUAAUGAGUAACGCAUAAUAAUAAAGAGUUACUUAUCAAAAGUGAUUAUUUGAAUUCUGACGUUGCAAUUAUCAUUAUGAAAAAUUGUAACGUCAUUAUUAAAUCAAAAUUAUAAAAAAGUGAUUGUAACAGUGCUACUUGUAACUCGUUAUUUCCCAUCUUUGGUUUUGAUUCUAUGAAUUUAUGUCCAUUUCUAUCAAUAUAGAUUAAUUUUAAUCUCG